CUCAGUGUCUUUAUAAGCUUCAGUCUCUCUUCUCCUCACACUCCAACCCUGCUCACCUCUCAGCUGGACAGUAAGGGACGUUUACACCACACACUGACAACAUGCUGGGGACGCUCUGCACUCUCAUCACUGCUCUAACAUGUGUGAGUGGUGUGACAGUGGUGACACAGAAGCCUCCUGUUGUGACGCUGAGGAAAGGAGAGACAGCCACCAUGGACUGUAACCUGGGGACUGUUACUCUCAGUCCUGCCCGCUGGUAUAAACAGAUUCCAGGAGGAGUUCCUCAGUUUGUGCUGGUGUACUAUCAUGGCUGGUGGUCUGUAACUUACGGUGCUGGUUUCUCCUCUCCAAAACACACUUCUAAUUAUGAGAAUGAAUCAAGUUAUCGUAUGAUCAUCACCAAUGUGGAGGAGGGAGACUCAGCAGUCUAUUACUGUAAAACAUGGGAUGGCUCUGUUAAUGAUGUGGUAUUCGGACAAGGCACCAAGCUGAUUGUGACAGGCUCCGGUCUCUCUCCUCCUGUCCUGACAGUCUUCCCUCCGUCCAGUGCUCAGCUCCAGUCCAACAAAGCCACUCUGCUCUGUCUGUUCAGCUUGCCCACUGAGUCUAAGGGUUUAGCAGAAGUGACCUGGUUGGGUGAUGGGUGUCCAGUGAGCAGUGGGAUCUCUACCAGCACCGCUGUUCACCAACCAGACCAGACUUUCCAAAUCAGCAGCUACUUGUCCAUUAAACCCUCCCAAUGGCUCAUGGACAAAGUCUUCACGUGUAAAGUGUCUUUGGGGUCCCAGAGCUCCAAGAAGAACAUAACAAUGUCUGACUGCCACGUGAAUUAGAAGGGGACUAGAUUUAGUAGCAUGUUUUCUGCUAGUGCUGUUUUAGAAAUGUGAAAUUCUUACUUGUUUGUUUCAAUUUGUGUUUUUGUUUUUUUCUUUUCUUUUCUUUUCUUUUCUUUUUUUUUUUUUUUUAAGUUAGCCAGUUAGCUUAUAUUGGCUAAUACCUUGGCUUUCAGCUUUUCUCAUUUGCAUGGAUUCCUUUAAUAAAAGCAUUUUAUUUGGAAAAACCACUUUUCAUUUGUUUGUUUGAUGUGAAAACCAAAUACAAUUUAAUUUGAUUUAUAAUUCAUGGCUUCUUUCAUAAUGACUUCAUGAUGAUUUCUGUCUCUGAAAAACACUAAUGACCUUUUUAUUGACAUUUUAAAUUAGAGAACCCACACUCAACUGCAGCAACCACCUUGUAUGUUAUACUUAAUUUUCUGCCCAUGUUUUUGUGUCUCUGGAUGAAUUACCAAUUAAAUUAAACGAU